AUGUAUUCCGAGCCGUUGUUUAGAAACGAUAUUAGUUCAGCCGGGCCACUUGACACCAUGGUGGCCUGGGUGACCAAGUUCGUCUCACAUUGCAUACGGGAUUCCCGGCUUAUGAACCCAAUUGUUAAUAAACCCGAUGUAAUAUUUAUUGAUGAGGUGGUGGCCAUGGCCUCAGUAGAGCGCUCGGGUAUACCCUGGAAAUGGUUGUACGACGAGCGCACACCACCUCCCGGCUCAGGUUUAGCAGCAAAUGGUGACCGUAAAGAGUGGGCGCACUUCAGGCAUACCGUAAACGAUGCCAUUAAAGACAUAUGGCGUGAGUUUAAUGACUAUUUUGUGAGCAAUGGUUUACCACCACUUGAUUACGGCCAGUAUGUGCGCCAACCAACACAUCUACACAUAUACCCACUGCCCGUUGAACUGGACUACACAGACCUGAGACCAUAUGUGCGCCAACCAACACAUCUACACAUAUACCCACUGCCCGUUGAACUGGACUACACAGACCUGAGACCAGUGCCCGACCGUUGUUUACAGUUGGACAACUUGAUGCGUGAAGAUGUGCACCCUACUUUCACUUUACCUAAACAACUUUCCAAUAAGCCAAGCAAAUUGAUCUACGUAGAUUUAGAUCUAGAUUUAAUGGCAAAACUGGCCAAAUAUAAGCACUGGUUUAUUGUAUCAAGAGGUCCGCAUCAUGAUAAGUAUAAGUUGCCGGGUGCUGAUAUGUGGGGCCCACAAACUGUGCCUCAGAUACAAGUGCUGCCAUUAGUGGAUCUGGUACCAAUGGUUGUGCUGCCAGUGUUUGGCGGUCAGUUUGAUAACGCACAGAGACUGCAUGAGUCGGGCUAUGGUAUACGACUGGAUGCCUACCGGUGCUCUGAGGCCGAGUUGUUGUGCGCAAUCGGUAAGCUGUUUGACGGUAACGAAUUGAAAGGAAACUACAAGAAUACAAUCAGAUAA